GCAAACGAUGAGGUUAUUCUUAUACCUUUAUAUUAUCAGUUUCGCGCAAAUAUUAUCAGUUCUUGCAGUUCAUCAAUUACUAAAGAAGAAAAAAUUGAUCUGGAUGAGCUUGAAAAUUUUGCGCAAAACUUUAAAAAGCAGCGUAUCAAAUUUGGUUUCACGCAAGGUGAUGUUGGAUUAGCUCUUGGACGUCGAUAUGGUACAGACUUUUCACAAACUACAAUAUCUCGUUUUGAAGCACUGAAUUUAUCCUUUAAAAAUAUGUGUAAGUUACGUCCUCUGCUCAAAGAGUGGUUGGAAGAUGCAGAAGCAGCACUGGCCAGUGGUGCCACGAUCAGCGACCUUCUGGAUUUUCAGUACAUAAUUUAUGAGCCAAAAAUAGUUAAUUCAGUUGUAUUUUGCAUGCCUCUAAAAAAACGACGAAAACGGACUAAUUUAGAUCUAGCGCAGCGUUCUGCGCUGGAUGCGUACUUCGAUAAAAAUCCACGCCCAGAUCAUGAUAAAAUGGCAGAAAUUGCUCAGCUAGUAAGACUAGAUCGAGAUGUAAGUAAUUGUUAUUUUUUGCUAUUUAUAGUCUUUUUAUCCAUCAGAUAA